AUGUCAGGACAAGAGAGACCAAGCACCGGCGGUCGGGAGCCCUAUGAACGCCAUCAACGCAGUAAAAGUUCUCUCGUUCGGUUUGAGAAUGGCGUUCCCGUCAACAAAUGUGAUGCCGAUGGCAAGCCCAUCGCCCCAUCAGCUCCGUGGGAAGAAUUCAUGAGAGAUAUACCAGAAGGGUCCAAGGUUGAUUGGAAUGCCAAGGGAUCUGUUACUCCUGAGAUGAGAAACCCCCACAAGCGAAACAGGUCGUCGGUGCCGGAGGUGAAAGACGUUCCCAGAAAGAAACAAAGGCAGGAAUCACUCAAAUCACUUGCGGGCUCAAUCGAGAAGAUCUACAGGCCUGAGUCGCCAAUUGAUAGAAGUUGUUGGGAAGCCAGCGACUUUCUGGUUGAGACGAACCACCUCUUUGAUCGGACGGCUGCUGUGUUCAGCAGGUUCCGCGAGUCAAUUCUCGAGGAUCACCCGACGUACGGGCAUGAGUAUUGCGUGCUUGAGUCAGAGUACAUCAGUAGCUUGGCUGUGCUUCACGAUGUCUUGUAUGGAUCUCCAAAGGAGCGGGACACUCUGAGACGGAUGGAGCUCAACGACGAAGUCUACAGGAAAGAAGGAGGGGUCCAGGAGAAGGCGGAAGAUUUCUACAACGUUUUCUUGGAAGCUUUCAACCAAUUUGUUGAGGAGAUACUAAAGUUUAACGCGGAGAUGACAGAUGCUUCCAUUCCUCAGGAUGUCGGAAUAGGGAUUCCAUGCUAUGAGGCCUUUGCAGAGAAACUGGACAACAUGGUGGAUGAACUCGAUGCUUUGGUGGAAGCAGUCGAGAAAUUCAAAGGCGAAGUCCCUGCACUCCCCAAACCUGAAGAAGCGAAAAAGGAGGAUCAUAACAGCCCCUCGACCGAAGAAUGGGGGGAACCUGGCCCGGAUGUUGGCCAGCAUGGCGUUACUUCCGGCUAGAAAACCACGGCCCUGUAACGACACAUCAGGUCCCGGUGUUUCCUCCGGGGCGGAUCUAGUCUCCAACAAAGCCCCGGGGGGUGAGCUGGCACCAUGUCAUAUGUUGAGGAUGGGUCCGAUCAUACUCAAUUCUGAACUUUUGGUUCUUGGCCUUUGUUCUGUCUUUUCCUAAGUUUUGUUCCGGGUUGGGAUGCAUUCAGGAAAUGUCAUCAAGAGAGUACAACUGCGAGUCGCUGCUGGACUUGGCUUUUCAUAGGUUGGAUAUUAUUGGGUAAGAGUUAUCACACAAUCGUUACGGGCGAAAAUUGUUGGAGGCAAUAACUUGAAG